GUUUCCUCUCUCUCUCUCUCUCUUGACUGGGUGCAUUUGGUGUUUUUGAAUAUUCUCUUUUAACUAGCCACAUUGUUCUUUUAAUCUCUUCAGUUUCAACAAAAGAGACACGAGCACUUUAAUUGUCUGAUUUAAAGUCGCGUACUUACCAUAAAACGAGGAAAAAAAAAAAAUUCAGUUGGCAUUUUUUUCCCCCCUUCCUCUGGUGACGUACAGUUACUGUUCGUUUCACUUUUCUCGCAGUUAUGAUGAGACAACCAACCCCACCUUCCUCUGCUCAGCUUUUAUAAACAUCUUUGUUCUCUUCUCCAUUUCCCUCAUCAAAGAUUCCUUCCUGCAUUUUCAGAGAGAGAGAGAGAGAGAGAGACGAUGAUGAAGCCCAGCUGGGUAGUGCCAGUUUUCCUAGCUCUUGUUAUUUUGAUCCAACAACAGUACUGCUAUAAUUUUCAAGUAGAGGCAGGGGGCCGGGAUGAUUUCAUCAGAAGCAGGGGAACCCAUUUCAUGUUGAAUGGAAAUCCUUAUUAUGCAAAUGGAUUCAAUGCCUACUGGUUGAUGUACGUGGCUUCGGACCCAUCUCAAAGAAACAAAGUUUCUUCUGCUUUUCAACAAGCUUCAAGCCAUGGCCUCUCUGUUGCCAGAACUUGGGCUUUCAGUGAUGCUGGUUAUAGACCUCUCCAACAUUCCCCUGGCGCUUACAAUCAACAAAUGUUUCAGGGAUUGGAUUUUGUUAUAGCGGAGGCAAGAAGGUUUGGGAUUAAGCUUGUGUUGAGUUUAGUGAAUAACUAUGAGAGCUUUGGAGGAAAGAAACAGUAUGUGAACUGGGCUAGAAAUCAAGGCCACUACCUCUCAUCUGAUGAUGAUUUCUUUAGAAACCCUGUUGUCAAAGGAUUCUACAAGAACCAUGUCAAGACUGUUCUUAAUAGAUAUAACACCAUAACGGGAACUAUUUACAAGAAUGAUCCAACUAUCAUGGCCUGGGAGCUUAUGAAUGAGCCCAGAUGCACAUCAGAUCCAUCAGGGAGGACUAUUCAGGCCUGGGUAAUGGAAAUGGCUUCUUUUGUAAAGUCAAUAGACGGAAAUCACUUGCUGGAGGCUGGCUUAGAAGGAUUUUAUGGGCAAACAACACCUCAGAGGAGGAGCCUCAAUCCUGCUGGUUUUGAUAUUGGAACCGAUUUCAUCGCGAAUAAUCGCAUCCCAGGGAUCGAUUUUGCGACUGUUCACUCUUAUCCGGAUCAAUGGUUGUCCAGUUCAAAUGAUCAAAACCAACUCUCUUUCCUAGACAAUUGGCUCAACACCCACAUUCAAGAUGCGCAGUACCUUAUUCGCAAACCAUUACUCAUCACAGAAUUUGGAAAGUCAUGGAAAGAUCCGGGGUUCAGUGCUUACCAGAGGGACCUUUUGUUUAACAAAGUAUAUACCAAAAUAUACUCAUCGGCCAAGCGCGGUGGUCCAGCCGCUGGUGGCCUGUUUUGGCAACUUCUAAGUGAAGGAAUGGAAUCUUCCUUCGGAGAUGGGUAUGAGAUUGUCCUGAGCCAGAGUUCCUCAACGGCAAAUGUGAUCGCUCAACAGUCUCACAAGCUCUACCAAAUUCGGAAAAUCUUUGCCCGGAUGAGGAAUGUCGAGAGGUGGAAGAGGGCUAGGGCUCAGUGGUCAGCUAGGAACAGGGGGAGGCGUGUUGGACACUGAAUAGAUGGACCAGCUCAUACCAAAAUUGAGGUGUCAUCACUAUCAGGCUUGUGAGUACUCUUGUCGAAGUAAUUAUGAUAUUACGGGUAUUGCGAGAGGUUUUAAUUUUGUGAGGUUGUUUCUCUCUUUGAGAUGAUUUUCGUUCAUCCAAGAGGGCAACUGGGGAAAAUAGUAGUAAACGUGCUGGUGGUAUUUUCACAUGUAUGUUGUGUAAACUGUUCGUUAUUUUAGUGAGACAUUGCACUAUCCCUAAAUAUUGCUAAACAUGGAUUAUAGGAAAA